AUGUGCCUCUCAUCUGCCAUCACCAUUCCUUUUCCAGCCGACCCUUCCACUCGCCCCCUGGCUCUCCCACCCCUCCCACCCACAUCCAGUUUGGCGGGCCACAACCAGAGCCAGAGACCAGGGCACACGCGAAGCACUCCGACGCACGCCGCUUUCUUCCCGACAUACAGCACCAUCCCGCAGCGAAGACUCAGUCAGCCAACUUCCCCAUCCCAUCCAUCCCGCCCGUAUCGCGCCUGUGCUGCAAGCCUGCACCUCUACGCCGAUCACUCAUCCGAGUCCACCCCAAGGCGCUUCCGCGAUCGAAAUACCGCGCGCAGGAUCGAGACUGCCUCUUCACCCCGCCAAACACCAUAUAUCACCCACGAUAACGACCCUUCUGUUACCGUCACCCCUCGUUUCCCUGAGCGACGUUUCCACAUACACACUGACGAGCCCACAAACAACGGAAUCCCGAUUUUGAGUGCCCCUCUCGCCUCGCUGCGGCUCCUCAUUUCUCUUCCCCUACGGCAAAGGCGACCGAUGACAUCGCGGUCCGACGCAUCCACGAUGCCUUCUCAACGACCUUUCUUCCUCUCCACCUUCUUCAACUCCUUUAGACAACAGUCUCCUUCGGCGACGGCGCUAUCAUCGCAGCAACCGAAUAAGCAUACCACGCAAACAUCAUCGUCAUCGUAUGCCACACAGUCCGCUGCUUCAGCGCCACGAGCCAUUUCCUCGAAUACGUCAACAAGUAGCGGCGGAAAUAACGCCAACGCCAACUCGACGACCCGUUCGACAUCGGGAGUCGUGAAUCAAUACCCACUUCACUCCCCGCGGGGUGGCAUCCCCAUUCCCGGUAGCGCCAACCGACGGCGCGGAAGCGACAGCAGCAGUGAAGGAUUCCGCGAUGUAUUAGGUGCCGAUAAAUGGUACAUCGGAGGGCGGACCGCUGGCGGCGAGGAAAAGUUCUUCAAGCUGGGCGUUGUCAGGAGGGUGCGCAGUAACGACGGCCUGAGUCUGGAUCGACUGAGUUUAUAG